UCGCUGCAGCCGCCCCCUUCUACGCGAUCGCGCUGAGCUACUAGUGUCCCGGCCUGGAAUCGGGCUGCUGCGUCCUCAGCCGCGUCGUCUGCCUCCUGACCAUGGACCCCCGCAAAGUGAACGAGCUUCGGGCCUUCGUGAAAUUGUGUAAGGAGGACCCGAGCGUUCUGCACAGCGAGGACAUGCGCUUCUUGAGGGAGUGGGUGGAGAGCAUGGGGGGUAAAGUACCACCUGCUGCUCAGAAAACUAAAGAAGAAAACAUCAAGGAAGAAAAUACGGAUAGUAAGAAGGCAGAAGAAAACAUAAAGACAGAGGAACCAUCAAGUGAGGAGAGUGAUCUAGAAAUUGAUAAUGAAGGUGUGAUUGAACCAGACACUGAUGCCCCUCAAGAAAUGGGAGAUGAAAAUGCAGAGAUAACCGAGGAGAUGAUGGAUCAAGCAAAUGAUAAGAAAGUGGCUGCCAUUGAUGCCCUAAAUGAUGGUGAGCUACAGAAAGCCAUCAACUUGUUCACAGAUGCCAUCAAGCUGAAUCCUCGGUUGGCCAUUUUGUAUGCCAAGAGAGCCAGUGUCUUCAUCAAAUUACAGAAGCCAAAUGCUGCCAUCCGAGACUGUGACAGAGCCAUUGAAAUAAAUCCUGAUUCAGCUCAGCCUUACAAGUGGAGAGGGAAAGCACACAGACUUCUGGGCCAUUGGGAAGAAGCAGCCCAUGAUCUUGCCCUUGCCUGUAAACUGGAUUAUGACGAUGAUGUUUGUGCUAUGCUGAAGGAAGUUCAACCUAGGGCCCAGAAAAUUGCAGAACAUCGGAGAAAGUAUGAGAGAAAACGUGAAGAGCGGGAGAUCAAAGAAAGAAUAGAAAGGGUUAAGAAGGCUCGAGAAGAACAUGAGAAAGCCCAAAGGGAGGAAGAAGCCAGACGACAAUCAGGAGCUCAGUAUGGCUCUUUUCCAGGUGGCUUUCCUGGAGGAAUGCCUGGUAAUUUUCCUGGAGGAAUGCCUGGAAUGGCAGGAGGCAUGCCUGGAAUGGCAGGAAUGCCUGGACUCAAUGAAAUUCUUAGUGAUCCAGAGGUUCUUGCAGCGAUGCAGGAUCCAGAAGUCAUGGUGGCCUUCCAGGAUGUGGCUCAGAACCCAGCAAAUAUGUCAAAAUACCAGAGCAACCCAAAAGUUAUGAAUCUCAUCAGUAAAUUGUCAGCCAAAUUUGGAGGUCAAGCGUGAUGCCCUUCUCACAAAUAAAGCCCAUGCUGAAGGAAAAGCAACCUAUAUAUCACCUAAUGGAUGUCGCAAUAAUACAAACCAGUGUACCUCUCACCUUCUCAUCAAGGGAGCUGGGGUGCUUUGAAGAUAAUCCCUACCCCUGUCCCCCAAAUGCAGCUCAAGCAUUUUGCAGUGGUUUGCCAUUAGGAUAUUCAUUCAGAUAAUGUUUUCCAACUAGAAAUUACAAUCUUUAAAACACUUUUUAAAACUUAAAAAUAUUUAAAACUAAUUAAAAGGGUGUGUUAAUUUCUACAUUUUUCUUACUAAUCAUUUUGGAUUUUUUCCUUUGAAUUAUUGGGCAAGGAAGAUAGAUACCUGAAAGAUUAUAGCUCUAGUUUGAGUAAAAUAAAAGUUUAUUAGGAGGGUACAAAUACAACUCA